GCUGCGGUCGUUAUGUUACUACUUUAAUCCGCAUAUUAUUUUUUAGUACUCCACAGGUACGCCAUUGUCAAUUAUUACACUGUUUAGUGCUUGGUUUUGUGAAUAAAAUUGUGAACCUCAACGACUAUCUGGCAAGUUUGUAAAGAAAUUCGCGAUUUUCGUUGUCAUGCCGUCUCCGCGUUCGUUCUCCGCAUCCAGCCUCGACGACGUACACGACUAUGAUUUGGACGGACUAGGCGGCUGUAGUUUCGAUAUAAUAAACGAAAUCGACAAAUUCCUUGAAGGUUUAAAUGGUGCCGAACCAGUUAAAACAGCCGAUUUGGAGGUAGUUAACAACAAUACUCCGACCAAGCAGAUUGAUGUGGAAUUUGUUGGUAAAGAUUCAGCCGUGUUUCAACUUCUAGAAGACCAUGAAAACUAUGGUGUGUAUGAGCACAAUCCAAAUGAAUGUAACUGGAAUGUUUUUUAUAAAACACUACCCCCUGAUGAACAAAAAUUUAUCAAAGUAGAGCCAAAGACUGAAAUUGUUAAUGAUUACUUCAACACAGACUCUGAAAACAUAUUGGAAACCUUCUCUUUUAACCUUGAUAAUACUCAGGAAAAACAAAUUAUCGGAGAAUAUUCUUCUAAUGUUAUUUCAACUGCUGCUGAUAUUAGUGAAACUUCAUUUUAUGAUGAUGUAUUGGAAAAUUUCUCCUUCAAGAUUUCUCCAUCAAAAGUUGACAAUAUUAAAGAAAAACCAAUUAUCGGAGAACAUUCUUCUAAUGUUAUUUCAACUGCUGCUGAUACUAGUGAAACUUCAUGUUAUGAUGAUGUAUUGGAAAAUUUCUCCUUCAAAAUUCCUCCAUCAAAGGAUGACAAUAUUAAAGUAAAACCAUUUAUCGGAGAACAUUUUUCUACUCAAUCACAUCUCCCACCUGUGCGAUUUAGACCUCAUGGUGUAGUUAGAGAAUAUUUGUGUCCUGUAUCUUUGGCUGGAACUACAAUAAAAUUUGUAUCAAGGAAACUGGCAAAUACAAGCAUGCGAGAACAAAUUCUCAUAGAAUUAGCUACACAUGGUGUCAUAGAGAAUAAUUGGUGGACACCUGACGACAACUUUUAUACGACGUAUACAGAAAGAACUUGUGCUCAAAAUGUAUUUAAAAUAUAUCCACAUUCUAAUAAAAAUUCAUAUUAAAAAAAAAAAAAAUGAUGUAAC